GCAGACUAAGUACUUCCCUGCCGUGUGGUCAAACUUUUUCUGGUGAUGUUUCGAAUUGAAACUCUGAGCGGUGUUUUCCGGAAGCACAUCGAUGCCUCAAGUGUGAAUCCAUUUACGAUUUUCAGGCAAAACAUGGGCAGUUUACCCAUCGAAAACCGUUCUAUCCAUUCAGACAACAUCCAGGACGUCCAUAACAUCCCAAUGGACGUAAUCAUACGACCCAUUCCGCCUGUUUUAGACGAGCAGAAGGUCCAAAGCCUCAUGACCAGCAUAAAGGAGGGCUCGGAUAUCUCCGUUGUGCCUCCCAUAGACGUGCUUUGGAUCACUGGAGAAAAGGGGGGCAAUUAUUACUAUUCUUUUGGAGGCUGUCAUCGAUUUGCUGCCUAUCAGAGAUUAAAGAUGAAAUACAUACCUGCCAAGAUCAUCAAAUCUAACACCUCAGACCUGCGCACUUACCUGGGAGCAUCCACGCCGAAUCUACUGUGACACGGGAGAACAGAGACCUGAGGUUGGCUAACCUGCAUUGACACUUACAGCCAUCUGAAUGAUUGUGUUUUCUAUAACGCUGACUGAAAUGUGGAUGUUUGAUGUGUCAGCUUCUUUUCAAGUUAUAUCUCUAAAGGUGUUUCAUUCUUUUGAAUGAGCUAUAAGUUUUGAAUGAUCCAAAACAAAUGGCAUAUGCCAUAUUUAUUUUUCUUUUGCCCAACAUCCUUAUUCUUGGUGGUCACUGCACUCUAAACAAAAAUGGUGCUGUAUAGCACUAAAAGUGGUUCAUUGGCUUGUAAUCAUAGGGGAACCACUUGUAAGUACUUAUCUUUAUCAAAUGGUGCUAUAUGUAGAACCAUAAGAGGUGCAAUAAAGCACCUUAACCACCCCAGAAAACCACUGAAGAACCAAACUGGUUCUUUAAAUGGUAGUGGUGCUAUAUAGCACCAUGACCACCGCAAAGAACCGCUGAAGAACCUUUUUUUUUUUUUAGAGUGUGUAUUAUUCAAGUCAUGAUGACUAAACAGGUUCAUUUGUUAGUUCUUUGCCUGACCAUCAGGUGGCAGCAUUAUAACACUGAUUGAUUAGAGCUGGGCUUCCCAUACAAAAUCAGUUUGUAGAGCAACCUAAAUGCUAUUUAACUUUAUUAAAAAAUAGCUACAUAUCUUAUUAGAAAAAUAAAGUGAGAGAGUUUAUUCUUUUCUAAUUGCAUUAAUGCUUUUAAUUGGUUAAAAUAAAAGGCAGAUUUGUAUUGUAUGCUUCCAUUUGAUGCUUAGGCUUAUUUGACCUUUGAUGAUUGUUUUCAUUUUGUUCCAUUGACAUUCCUAUGCCAAACCACACCAUGACCGUCCAAAAGAUGACCACUGGCAUGUGCCUGUCUGGUGACCAUUGGACUUGGUUACAGUAUGUCUGUGCUCUGGACCGCAAGCUUUGAGAUUGAGUCUCAUGGGUGGACUCUGAUGUCAGAUGAUUGUCUGGCACAGAGUCAUAAGAAUUUCGCUAUUUACUUUUUUUUUUACUGUUCUGCUUUCAAUUUUACACGCUGAUUUUAAUAUAACAACGCCAAACUAUGCACUUAGUGUAUUUUUAGAUGCACUACAUUUCUUCACCUCUUUUUGUAUUGAUUUUUUUAUAUGCCAGUGGAAGGGCAUGAGAAUUGUAGGACGUUCUCUGAAGCUCAUCUAUAAUGGCAGGACAUGUUGGGGGUCAUGUGUCAUGAGAACUGGCCAGCAUUCUUCUCCUCUGCAGGCUGGAGUGAAGGAAAAGAAUGAAUGCAGCAGCUCUGUUUUAUUACACUGCUAUAUAUAGAUGGAUUGAAGCUCACAGUUAGACUAUUGGAAAGGACAUAUAGUGGAACUGCUAGUCUGACAAAAAAAACCUUGUCUCAAUCAUUUCUACUUUCAGCUGUUGUCUGGAGAAGAUCAGAGGACAGGCACCUCAGAUUUUUUUCCUUGAAAUGGCAUUUCAUUUCCUUUUGACCCUUGACCUUGGCCUAAUAUCCAUAGCAAAAGGCCUCUUAGACCCUACAACAACAAUGACUGAAGCUUUUGAACCCGAGAAUCUCUGACAGGAAAAAUUGCAGGUGGCUCAGUCAAUAAUAUAAUAAAAAUGACAAAUUUGAUUGUGUUUCUGAAUUUUGCAACAGUUUAUGUGGAAUGGCUUCAUAAUAAAAUUGCUUUGCAAAUGUCA